AUGGCGACCCAGGCCCGCACCAUCCUCUGCAGCCAUCGAGAGCUGAUCGCCGCCCCUCCGAGCCUCGCCUGGAAGAUGCUCCUCGAGAAGAUCCGCCGGCCUGACAAGUACGUGCCGGGCGUGACCAGCGUGGAGGUCGUGAAGGAGCUGGGUGGUCACUCGAUUGAGCGCAAGAUGACGGCGGGGGGCAAGGUGAUCCACGAGAUCAUCGGCGCAAAUGAGACCGCCAUGACCGUCGUCUUUCGCAUGCACCAGUCCCAUCCGAUUCUCAGUGGCUUCGUCACAAAUACAGUCUUGCCCCAUGAGGCGGAAGUUGGUGGUGGAGCUUUGGAAGGAGACCAGGAGCCCUCCACCUGCUUACUGGACUACACCAUGUGCUUCGAAGCGAAGCCCGACGCCCCCGAGGAAGCGGUGAAGCAGAUGCAGGAGAUGCUGCCCAAAAGCUGCGUCAACGCGGUGGUUCACGCCAAGGAGUUGAUGGAGAAAGCUGCCGCCGAGUGA